AUGAUAGAAGGUGAGAGCAAUGAAGGAGAACAGCAAGUAGAUGGAGAUGAAGGAGCUGGUCCUUUUGAGAAAAAGCAAAGGAAGAAGAAAUCCAGCAUAUGGGAUGAAAUGACAACAGUAGUGCUAGAUAAUGGGACGAUCAAAGUGAAGUACAACCAUUGCAAGGAACUUUUUGCCAAGAGUGCAACCGGAGCCACAUCUCAGCACAAGAGACACUUGAAUUCUUGCCUACAAAGAAAGAUGGACAUUGGGGAGCAAAGCAAACAAAAGCAACAAGUGUUGUCAUUCACCGAAGGCCCAAGUGAUGGUAUCACUUCCAUCACAAAUUUCUCGUAUGAUCAUGCAAAGGUAAGAGAGCUUGCAUCACGCAUGAUUCUUGCACAUGAGUACCCCUUUUCUAUGAUGGAGCAUGUAGUUUUCAACAAAUUCAUGAAAGCGGUUUCUCCAUUUUAUAAAAAGAUUAAUCGGCAGACUGUUAAAGAAGAUUGCAUUAGUACUUAUACAAUUGAAAAAAGGAAGCUGAAAUCAUUGUUGAAAGGUGCUAGUAGGAUUAGUAUUACCAUAGAUUUGUGGAAAUCUGGUCAAAAAAUUCAAUAUAUGGUUGUGACUGGUCAUUUUAUUGAUUCUGAUUGGGUGCUACAAAAACAUGUGUUGAAUUUUUGCAAUGUCCCUCCUCCUCAUACUAGAGUUAUUAUAGCUGAUGCUCUAAGUAAGUGCUUUAUUGAUUGGGAGAUUGAGAAUAAGGUUUCUAGCAUAACUGUUGAUAAUGCUUCAUACAAUAAUGUGUGCAUUAGGAGACUUAGAAAGGAUUUUUCUCUAAAAAAGAGAUUAAGUAUUGGAGGAAAAAUUUUUCAUGUUAGAUGUUGUGCACAUAUACUUAAUCUCUUAGUGCAAGAUGGUCUUGGUCAACUUGGUGGUGUGAUUGAUGCUGUUAGAAAAGGGAUAAAGUACUUGAACAAUUCUGAAUCUAGGCUUCUUGAAUUUGCCAAAAUUAAAAAAAAGCUUCAGUUGCCCUCUAGAAAGCUAAUUUUGGACUGUCCAACAAGGUGGAAUAGCACCUAUUUGAUGUUAGUUUCGAGUUUAGAGUUCAAGGAUGUCUUUCCAAGAUAUGCAGACAUUGACCCCGGAUUUCACUAUGUUCCUACUGAUUUUGAGUGGAUGAAAGUGGAAGAAGUGUGUAAAUUUCUAAAAAUAUUUCAUGAAAUCACUGAUAUGAUUUCCAGGUCCGAGUAUCCAAAGGUUAACAUUUUUCUUGUGGAGCUCUAUAGGAUUAAAGAGCUUUUAAAUGAAAAAGCCCUUAACCCUUUUGAGCAUAUUUGGGCUAUGGCUGGAAGUACGUCAGCUAAAUUUGAUAAGUAUUGGGGAGAAAGUAAUGUGCUGCUAUCUUUGGGUGCAAUUUUGGAUCCGAGAUACAAAAUGUUUCUUAUUAAUCAUGCUUUUCCGGUGAUUUAUGGUGAGGAUGCAGCUCCUAGGUUCGUGGCUGAAAUUAGAGACUAUCUUUAUGAGGUUUACAAUGAAUAUGUUGAUUGUCACAUUGUUUCCCAUUCUGAACAACAACAGAGGCAGGUUGUAAAAAGAAGACAAAAUGAAGGUUCUAGUUCUUCUAGUAAGAAACAGAAGAUGAUUGGACCCGCCGUUUUAACUGGUAAAGAAAAGUUUCACAUGCAUGUGAGUGAAAUUGACAGGGCUCCACCAGAAAAAUCAGAUUUAGAUGUUUAUUUAGAGAAAAGUAGGUAUGCUUGUGAUGCAAAUGCAAAUAUAGAUGUUUUGGGUUGGUGGAAAGGGGAAAGAUUGAGAUUCCCUAUCUUGUCAAGGAUGACUGCCGAUAUACUCUCCGUUCCUGUUACAACUGUGGCUUCAGAAUCUACUUUCAGCGCCGGAGGUAGAGUAAUUGAUGAUUGA